AAAAGCAAGGGGUCGCCUGGCAAGGGUCAGGGGACACACAACAGACCUCCUACAAGGGUUUUUUGAAUUUUUCACAGCAGGAAACUGCCAACUGGUCAGUUUCUGGUUGCUGCGUCUACUACAACUUCCAUCCAGGAGGAUGGAUUCUUGAGGAACCCGUGAAAGAGGGCAGAGCAUGGUGAGGAAAUAUGCUGUACAGGGUUCACUUGGCCUGGCUACCGUCUCCGCGUCUCCGGCCUCUUUUUUUGUUUUUGUGUUCACUGUCAGGCUAUAUCCGAAACGUGACUCGGACGAGUGAAACUAGAAGACAACCUUACAUGAAACCAGUGUGUGGGAUUUCCUCAGCAGCAGCAAGGCCUCAAGUUGGGAUAUCUAAAGAGGAAGCCUUGGAAACUCUACAAAUUCUAAGAAGAGAAUGUCUCACAAAUAAACCAAGAUGUGCCGGUACAUCUGUGGCAAACGAGAAGUGCACAGCACUGGAACUUCUCGAGCAAGAGCAUACCCAGGGCUUCAUAAUCACCUUCUGUUCAGCACUCGAUAACAUUCUUGGGGGUGGAAUACCCCUAAUGAAGACGACAGAAGUUUGUGGUGUACCAGGUGUUGGAAAAACACAGUUAUGUAUGCAAUUGGCAGUAGAUGUGCAGAUUCCAGAAUGUUUUGGGGGCGUGGCCGGUGAAGCAGUAUUUAUUGAUACAGAGGGAAGUUUUAUGGUUGAUAGAGUGGUCAGCCUUGCAACUGCCUGCAUUCAGCACCUUCAUCUCAUAGCAGGAACACACACGGAAGAAGAACAUCAGAAAGCCUUGAAGGAUUUUACUCUUGAAAAUAUUCUUUCCCAUAUUUAUUAUUUUCGUUGUCAUGAUUAUACUGAGCUGCUGGCACAAGUCUAUCUCCUUCCAGAUUUCCUUUCAGAUCAUCCAAAGGUGCAGCUAGUGAUAAUAGACGGAAUUGCUUUUCCCUUUCGUCAUGACCUUGAAGAUCUAUCCCUUCGUACUCGAUUACUAAAUGGCCUCGCCCAACAAAUGAUCAGCCUUGCAAAUAAUCACAGAUUAGCUGUUAUUUUAACUAAUCAGAUGACAACAAAGAUUGAUAAAAAUCAAGCUUUGCUUGUUCCUGCAUUAGGGGAAAGCUGGGGGCAUGCUGCUACAAUAAGGCUCAUUUUUCACUGGGAACAAAAGCAAAGAUUUGCAACAUUGUACAAGUCACCAAGCCAGAAGGAGUCUACGAUACCAUUUCAGAUCACACCUCAGGGAUUUAGAGACGCUGUUGUCACUGCUGCCUCAUCACAGACAGAGAGUUCUUUGAAUUUCCGGAAACGGUCACGAGAACCAGAGGAAGAAUGCUGACCAAAUGCUGAUGCCAGUGUAUCCAGUUAACUGAUGAUGUGCUAGUCAGAGUGUAGUGUGUGUGUGUGUGUGUGUGCACUGUGUGUGUGUGUGCACUGUGUGUGUGUGUGUGCACUGUGUGUGUGCGGGUGCCUACAAAAGCAAGCGGAGGGUGGUGGAUCUCGUGGAACUGGAGUUAGAAGUAACUGAACCACCAUGAAGGUGCUGAGAACCAGAACCUAGUCCUGCAAGAACCAAAAAUGUUCCCAACUGCUGAGCCAUCCAUCUCUCCAGCUCCUCCACCCUGUCUCUGAGGCAGGGUCUUCUGUUUUGUCUCUUCAUUCUCCAGGUCUGCACACUUUAACUACUUCUGUUUUGGCCUCCUGUCUCACUAGGAACCCUGGGAUGCAGGUGUGUAGCACACUGUGGGCUCUGAGAAUUGAACUCAGGUCGUCAGGCUUGCAGAGCAAGGGCUUUUACCCACUGAACAUCUUUCUAGGCCCUCCUUAAAUUUUAAGAAAAAAAUCUCUCCCUGAACGUGGAGCUCACUGCUUCAGGGCCACCUAUCUACCCCAGCAGCACCAAGAUGCACACAUGUGCUGCACUGCACCAGCUUUUAUUAUAUGCCGUCCUCAUGCCUGCAUGUCAGGCACUUUACCCAUGGAGCUGUUUCCCUAGCUCCUGAAAAGAUUUUCUGAAGCACUGUUCUAUAAUUAUAUUUUAAUGUGUUUUUAUUUUGAGUAAUGUGGAAAGCUGACCUUAUGUUACCUAUCUGGAUUUACCACCCAGAGUGGAAAAUUUCUUUGUCAAUUGCCUAAAAAAUAAUAGAAAUAAAACACUAUAAUAUGUUUGAAGUGUGUGUAUAUGUAUCUGUGUGUUUGCCAACUGUGUGGAGGCCUUCAAAGCAUGGAAGAGGGCAUCAUGUCCCCUAGAACUGGAGUUAUAUGUGGUUGGCUGCCAGAUAUGGGAUCUUAAGUAAUUUCUGAGUCAUGUCUCUGUCCCUCCAUAUUCUUAAAUGUAGCUUUGGGGGCCUAGAGAGAGGACGCAGGAGUUAAGAGCACUUGUUGCUCUUUUAGAAGACCUGGAUCAGUUAUCAGCACCAAGUAACUCCAGUUCCAGGGGAUCUGACCCCCCCCCUCCUCAGCCCUCCACGGACACUAAGCAUGUAUAUAGUAUACAUACAUACUUGUAGGCAGAACACUCAAACAAAUACGAAAUAAAAUUAAAAAUAAACAAAUGUAGCUUUGAAAGCAAUUAACAUAUCACUGUUUAGUUAGUUGAGUUGGUUUGGUUUGCUGACUCCUGGUCUGUGUGUCCUCCUUGCUGCUGGGUUGCCCAGAGCACCUCCUGCAAGCCAUUGUUGGAGGCAGCACACAGUCUGUAAUAGGGGUUGAAGGUCUGUGCCUCCCCUCCAAGUCUUUGUGCCUGGGGACAGCUAAGCCCUAGAGAGAGGCAGAGCCAGGUUUGGCUCCAAGUCAGGGCCAAGAGUAUGUAUGGGAGAGGCUGGAAGAGAAGGCCUUCUCUGAGAGAUUUAGGUCUGAAGCCCCUCCCCACCCUGGAAUCCUUGAUGAAGAAAUAGAUGGUCCUUUCUUUGAUGGUGGAUGUGAAUGCAUACACCUUACUCAAGGUGAACCAGGGAUUAAAUACCUUUUGCAGGAAGAAAUGCCCAGGAAGGGGAAGCUCAUUGGCUGAACACUCAGGGCCUGUGUAGCUACUUCAUUAGCAUGGAGAACUCCAGGUUCUUAUGCUGUGUGACUGAUGGGUGUUAUGAUUACGUGUUCCAGAACAGAUUCCCUGGGGUUUGAACGUGUGUGUGUGUGUGUGUGUGUGUGUGUGUGUGUGUGUGUGUGUGUGUGUGUGUGUGUGUGGUGGUGGUGGUGUUUUGAAUAGAUUUGGCCUACACAGACUCAUAUAUUUGAAUGCUUGGCCUUUGGGGAGUGGCACUAUUAGGUGUAACGUUGGAAUAGUGUGGCCUUUGUAGGAGGUAAUGUGUCACUGUGGGGGCAGAUUUUUAGGUCUCCAAUGCUCAAGUCAUGCCCAGUGUGACAUACAAUCUCCUGCUGUCUGUGGAUCAAACUAUAGAACUCUCAGCUCCUCUAGUACCAUGUCUGUCUGCAUGCCGCCAUGCUUUCCACCAUGAUGAUAAUGGACCUUUGGCAGCCCCAAAUUAAUUUUUUUUUUCCUUUAAAAAAGUUGCUAUGGUCAUGUUGUCUCUUUAUAGCAAUAAAACCCAAACUAAGACUCUGUGUGUGUAUACAUCUUUCUAUUUAGCCCUGGCUGGCCUGGAAUUCACUAUGUAGAUCUCUUGUCAAACAAAAGAGAUCUACCUGUCUGCCUCUAGGCUUAAAGGAGUACAGUCCAUUCCUAUAGUUAAUUUUGUGGAUGGUUUACAAAUUUGAGCUGAUGAAAUUAGUUUUAGUGACCUCAGUCUAUUUGUUUAAUUUUUGUUAUUUGUCAUUUUAAAGGGAAAAUUUCAAAGCUAUGUGUAGCCAUUGAAAUAUGUCCUCUAGAAUAGUUAGAUUAUGGUAAACUUUGUUUGUUUUGGGGUUUUUUUUGUUUUUGUUUUUGUUUUUGAGACAGGGUUUCUCUGUAUAGCCCUGGCUGUCCUGGAACUCACUUUGUAGACCAGGCUGGCCUCGAACUCAGAAAUCCACCUGCCUCUGCCUCCCGAGUGCUAUGGUAAACUUUAAAUGUAGAUUAUUAUUUAUAUCUACGUUUUUGAAGUGCAGUGUGAAUAAAUAAAAAUUCUGGACUUUUAAAAA